AUGAAGAUCAAGUAUCAGUUCACCUCGGUAGAACAUCCACAAGCGAAUGGACAAGUCGAGGCAGCCAACAAAGUUAUACUGGCAGGGUUGAAGAAAAGGUUGCAAGAUAUGAAGAGAGCAUGGGCUGAAGAAUUCCCUCAAGUACUAUGGGCUUAUCAGACUACACCUCAGUCUGCCACAGGGGAAACACCCUUCCGACUUGCUUAUGGCGUAGAAGCCAUGAUACUAGUUGAAGUCAACGAGCAAAGUCCAAGGGUGAGCUUUUAUGACGAGGUCAAAAACAUACAGGGACACAAAGAAGAACUUGAGCUACUCCCUGAAGUCUGA